AUGUAAUUUUUAUUUGUAAAAAAUACAUAAUUGUAAAUAUAUGGAAUGGUAGGGAUUAAUAAUUGAUCUACAGGAGCUACUCAUGUCAUUAGAGUAGACAAAGUGAAAUAAACAAUAGGAAAAUUAAUAAUAAUAAAAUUCAUCUCAAUAUUAUUGAAUCUAGUAAAAGAAAUAAAUUUUUUAAUUCAAAAGAAGAAAACAAAUUAAAAAGCAAAAAGAAACUUUAUAAAAGAAUCAAAAGUUACUCAAUAAAAAAGUAAAAAUAAAAUCUGGUUUCUAUCGUCAGUCAUUUAAAAAUCGAAUUUCAUAGUCAUCUCGAUAGUCUACGAACAGUAAUGGUUGAUUAAAUUGAAUAAAAAUAGAAGAAUAUUAAAUAUAUAAAGGACAAUUCAAUUAUAAAAUAAAAGAUAUUUUAAAUAUGUAUUAGCUGA